GCUCCGGGGCGCCGUCUCGUCGCGUCCCUCCCGGACUCGCCUCCGGGCUGGGCCCUUGGGUUCCCCCGGCCCCGAGGAGCUUACUGCCCGGCCCCGAGGUACGUUGGCGCCGUCCUUCUCGGGCCGCCUCGGCCCGGCUGCGCGCCCGGAGCCCUCGGGUUCGAGUCCGUGUCUUCACUUUGUGUCGGGGCUCCGGCCCUGGCCGGGGGGACCCCGGAAUCCUGUCAAUGGCCGAGUGCUUCCUGCUUCCUAGUCCCCACGGCGACUUCAGAGCCAGUAGUGCGGUGCCGCUGCCUUCAUCGCCUGGGGACUCCGUUUGUGGAAACUGAGGCACACAGGGGUGGGGCAGCCGAAUGGGGAAGGAAAAGGAGUGUCAUUCUGCGGAGGAUUGUGGUUGGUGUCGAAACCGGACUUGUCUGGGGCUGGGGACUAAGAAAUCGGGUACAAAGUAAGAAAAUUAAAGUUCAAGACCAUGGGAGAUACAGCAAAACCUUACUUUAUGAAGCGCACUAAAGACCGUGGAAUUACUGAUGAUGAUGAUUUCAGAAGGGGGCAUCCCCAACAAGAUUAUUUAAUAAUGGAUGAUUAUGCUAAAGGCCAUAGCAAUAAAAUGGAAAAAGGCCUUCCAAAAAAAAAGAUAGCACCCGGGAACUAUGGGAAUGCCCCCAGGAAAGGACCAUAUGCGGUUUCCAGCAAUCCGUAUGCAUUUAAAAACCCAAUUUACAGUCAGCCUGCUUGGAUGAAUGACAACCACAAAGAUCAAAAUAAGAGAUGGCUGCCUGAUGAACUUACUAGUAAUGCAGAUAGCUGGAGAGAGUUCAAGCCUGGACCUAGGAUUCCUACCAUCAGCCGGUCAAGGAAAGAAUCCUUUCAAGAAAGUGAAGAUUGCUACCGGUGGCAGGAGGGGAGAGGCUGCAGAGCAGUUAGACGGCUGUUUCAGAAGGAUCUCACCAGCCUGGAAGCCAUGUCAGAAAUGGAAGCAGGAAGUCCAGAAACCAAGAAACAGCGGUCCAGACCUCGGAAGCCACGAAGGACUAGAAAUGAGGAAAGUGAGCAGGAUGGAGAGUUGGAAGGUCCUGUGAUCGAUGAGUCUGCACUUUCAACAAAGGAGCUUCUGGGCUUGCAUCAGGCUGAGGAACGACUAAAGAGAGACUGCAUUGACAGGCUAAAAAGGCGACCACGAAAUUGCCCUACAGCCAAGUACACCUGCAAGCUGUGUGACGCUCUGAUCGACUCCAUCCCGUUUGCUCAUAAGCACAUCAAGGAGAAGAGGCACAAGAAGAACCUCAAGGAAAAGCAGGAGGAAGAGUUGCUCACCACGCUGCCCCCGCCAGCACCCUCCCAGAUCAAUGCAGUUGGCAGUGCCAUUGACAAAGUGGUGCAGGAGUUUGGUUUACACAGUGAAAACUUGGAUCAGAGACUAGAAAUUAAGCAUGUCAUGGAAAGUGUGUUCCAGCACAAACUACCAGACUGUUCUCUUAGGCUGUAUGGAUCUUCCUGUAGCAGAUUCGGCUUCAGCGACUCAGAUGUGAACAUUGAUGUUCAGUUUCCAGCAAUCAUGUCUCAGCCAGAUGUCCUCUUACUUGUUCAAGAAUGUUUAAAGAACAGUGACUCCUUCACUGAUGUUGAUGCUGACUUCCAUGCCCGGGUGCCCGUGGUACUGUGCAGAGAUAAGCAAAGUGGACUUCUUUGUAAAGUGAGCGCAGGAAAUGAAAACGCUUAUCUGACCACAAAGCACUUAACGGCUCUUGGAAAACUAGAGCCGAGGCUGGUUCCUCUGGUGAUUGCAUUUAGAUACUGGGCAAAGCUUUGUAGCAUCGAUCGCCCUGAAGAAGGAGGCCUGCCGCCAUAUGUGUUUGCUCUGAUGGCCGUUUUCUUUCUUCAGCAAAGGAAAGAACCUCUCUUGCCAGUUUAUCUAGGAUCAUGGAUUGAAGAAUUCUCAUUAAACAAAUUAGGGAAUUUCAGCCUUAAAGACAUUGAGAAGGACUCUGUGGUCUGGGAGUACACUGACGACACCACAGGGGGCGCCAGCACUGCAAAAGAGGAGGCACCCAGAGAGACUCCAGCCAAGAAGGGGCAGGUUCCAUUGACAUUUAAUAUAAAACACCAGCCUUCAGUGCCAGUUGGGCAACUCUGGGUGGAAUUGCUACGGUUCUAUGCUUUAGAGUUUAAUCUGGCUGAUUUAGUGAUCAGUAUUCGUGUCAAAGAAUUGAUAUCCCGGGAAUCCAAGGACUGGCCCAAAAAGCGCAUCGCUAUUGAAGACCCCUAUUCUGUUAAAAGAAAUGUGGCAAGGACCUUGAAUAACCAACCUGUGUUUGAGUAUAUACUUCAUUGUUUGAGGACAACAUACAAAUACUUCGCUCUUCCACACAGAGUUACAAAACCCAACCUCACAAAGCCUCCUGGCCCCAUUACCCAUGUUUCAGACCCAUAUAAAGAAGCAAGAAGUUGUGGCCCAAAGCUCCAAGAGACAGAUACUGAUAAACUGGGAAAAGCACCUAUGACUCAAGGUCCUGGUGUUCCCACCUCAGGUUCCUGCAAGGCACAACCGCUUACUCUUAAAGAUACCACUGAACAGCUGGGAAGCCCACCAAAGGAGGAAGUAGGAAGUGUGCACAUUCAAAUACACCAGGAAAGCUCUGGCUAUGUCCAAGCAGAGGUCAGUUGUGAGGGUUGUGAGGAUGCCACAGCACAGCAUCAAGAAACAGGAAGUGACAACGAGGAAGUCAGAAGGAAGGCCACGCAUCUUUUGAGCUCUGAUGAUCAAGAUUUAAGCAGCAGCAAGCAUCCAGAACCUAAGAACUGUGGCAGCUUUUGUGGUCUCCAAGCAGACAACACUCUGGAGUUGGUAGGGCUCCGGAGUCCUGGCACUGAGGAGUGUGGCAGCUGGGCCUCCUCGGAUGACAAGGCUGAUGUAAAUGAAGAAAACACAGAAGGAUCUCUGAACAGCUUCUCCCCUCUAGUCCCGGGCCAGGCAUCAGCCGUCAUGCACUUUGAUGAGGAUGAGGAUGAGGAUGAGGAGCCCAGGCUCAGUAUGAACCACACAGAAGAUGAGGAGGAGCUUGUUAGUGAACAUCAGGGGGAUAACAGACACAUUGGAUCAGGUGGGGAGGAUGCCCUCUCUGAAGAGGAUGACUUAGCUGAGCCUGCUAAGGGUGAAGAUCUAGAAGAGUCUGGAGAACACAUGGGUGGGACUCUGCUCAUAGACCUAAAUAGAAUAAGUCUUAAUGAAAAAAGCUUUCCCGAGGAAAAUUCACCCAGGGACCAGUCGGACUUCUUCUAUGAAUUUAGAAAACUGACCUUCACCAAAGGCAAGUCUCCCACAGUAGUGUGCAGCUUGUGUAAGCGAGAAGGUCAUCUAAAGAAGGACUGUCCUGAGGACUUCAAGAGAAUCCAACUGGAACCUUUGCCACCACUGACACCCAAGUUCUCAAAUAUCUUAGAUCAAGUUUGCAUCCAGUGUUACAAGGAUUUUUCUCCAACUCUUGCUGAAGAUCAGGCUCGUGAACAUAUCCGGCAAAAUCUAGAAAGUUUCAUAAAACAGGACUUUCCAGGAACUAAAUUGAGCUUGUUUGGCUCCUCCAAAAAUGGAUUUGGGUUCAAACAGAGUGACCUUGACGUCUGUAUGACAAUUAACGGACAUGAGACUGCUGAGGGGUUGGACUGCGUAAGAACUAUUGAGGAGCUGGCAAGAGUCCUCAGAAAGCACUCAGGGUUGAGGAACAUCCUGCCCAUUACAACAGCAAAGGUGCCCAUCGUGAAGUUCUUCCACCUAAGAAGUGGGCUAGAGGUAGACAUCAGCUUGUAUAACACACUGGCUCUUCAUAACACAAGACUCUUGUCUGCAUACUCAGCCAUUGACCCCAGAGUGAAGUAUUUGUGCUACACCAUGAAAGUGUUCACAAAGAUGUGUGACAUCGGUGAUGCGUCCAGAGGCAGCUUGUCAUCCUAUGCGUAUACUCUUAUGGUGCUAUAUUUCCUUCAGCAAAGGUCUCCACCUGUCAUCCCUGUGCUUCAAGAGAUAUACAAAGGUGAAAAGAAACCGGAAAUACUUGUUGAUGGCUGGAAUAUUUACUUUUUUGAUCAAAUAGAUGAACUGCCCACUUGUUGGCCAGAAUAUGGAAAAAAUACAGAAUCUGUUGGGCAGCUGUGGUUGGGACUUCUCCGAUUCUAUACAGAGGAGUUUGAUUUUAAGGAGCAUGUAAUCAGCAUCAGAAGAAAAGGUCUGCUUACAACUUUUAAGAAACAAUGGACCUCAAAAUACAUCGUUAUUGAAGAUCCCUUUGAUUUGAAUCAUAAUCUUGGUGCUGGAUUAUCAAGGAAAAUGACAAAUUUUAUAAUGAAAGCUUUUAUCAAUGGUAGAAGAGUAUUUGGAAUUCCAGUCAAAGGAUUUCCAAAGGACUACCCCUCAAAAAUGGAAUACUUUUUUGAUCCGGAUGUCCUAACUGAGGGAGAACUGGCUCCGAAUGACAGGUGUUGCCGAAUUUGUGGAAAAAUUGGACACUUCAUGAAGGACUGUCCCAUGAGGAGAAAAGUGAGGCGACGGCGAGACCAGGAAGAUACCCCAAACCAAAGAUACUCUGAGAGCAAAGAAAAAAGAAGCAAAGAGGACAAAGAAAUUCAGAACAAGUACACAGAGAAGGAAGUGUCAACAAAAGAAGAUAAGCCCACACCGUGCACAGCUGCAAAAUCAAAGCUGGUGAGGGCAGUUGUAGACCUGGGGCGGGAGAAGAUUCUCAGGACACCAGUGGAAAAAUGGAAGAGACAGGAUGACAAAGACUUAAGAGAAAAACGUUGUUUCAUUUGUGGAAGAGAAGGACACAUUAAAAAGGAAUGCCCACAGUUCAAAGGCUCUCCAGGUUUGUGUAAGUCAGAUUAUGUGUCUGGAUACUCUUCAACUAGCCCUUUGAGACCAGUGGCUCAGGCAGUGCUUUUACAUGAAGACAAAAAGAAACAAAAAACAACCAUAUUUUUGAGUCCCCAGUCAGAGGGAUAUCAGAACCUCUCAAGGGAGCUUAAAAAACAAAAACAACAACAACAACAAAAAACAAAACCCUUCUUGCCUUGCUUCCACGUUACAUCCUUAAUCUGAUUGUUCAAUGGGUAAGUGCAACCUGUAUAGUUUUCAGAUUUUCUGGGAAAGAAUUGCUACCCUCAACCAUGGAAUCCUUUCUUUGUGACUUUUUGUGACUGCUGUGGAGUUGCUAUUGUUUUGCUGUCACUGUUCUCCUUGUGGAGAUUAUCUGCCAUAUUCUAGAAGAAGGAAAGAAAAUAACUUGAACCCUCCACUCUGCAACUAGACAACUAUUUCAUUUAUGUAUCCUUUCAGUAAAUAUCUAUUGAGACUCUAACUGCAGGGCACGGCCUCAGCACUGAAUACACCCCAAUGAGUAGCAAAGCCCCCCCUCUAUAUUCUUGUCAGGGACAGACAACAAUAAAGGACAACCAUGUGGCAACAGAUGCUUUAAGCGGGGAAUCACAAAGUGAUGCUGAGUAUGGCAGUAUCCCCUCUAAUAAAAUAUUAUCUCAAGUCAGCUGAGUUGUAGAAAGUGAGGGUCAGGUGGAGAGGAGAUAGACAUUUAACUGUUAGCAGGUCCUGCCCUUCAGCCUGAGACUGCCAGGAGUGGUGUGAGCUCAGGAGAGCAAUGGGAGAUGACAUCAGAGAAGAUGAGCCUAGUAUCCUGACGCUCCAGCAGUGAUGGAGGGACUGAAGGUUUUUUAAGAUCUAAGUGAGAUGGGAAGCUGCUGGAGACCUAACUAGAGGAAUGGUGCUAUUUGAAGUCUUGUAAAAGGCUAGGAUGGGAACACUGCAGCCACUAAAGUAUUUACCAUCGUAGUUAAGUAGAGGUGAUGGCGCAGGCCUGGGUGGAGUGUCGGAGAAGAUGGUUGGGUGUGGAUAUUCUGAAGGUAACACCAACAAAUCGAUGUACUGUGCACUGACGUGAAAAUACAGUGAGGCUCAGAUGUCACAACAGUCUUUGAGAACUGGAAGAAUAAAGGAGAACUUUAUUGUGCUGGGAAAAGUUGGAAGGAGAAACUGAGGUCUGUUUUAUAGCGGUAGCUGUGGAAUUCUAGGGCAGGGAUGUCAAGUGGCCAGUUGAAUAUUUGAGCCUGGCAUUUAGUGGGUCCAGGCUGCAGAAAGGAGUGUAGUGUUGUCAGCGUGGAGAUAGCAUUUUAAGCCCCUGUGCUGGGGACAUGGAACAAUGGGAGUGUGUAGACCCUGGAAAUAAAGAAGACAGAGAGAGAGAUGACUAAAGAAGGAGUGGAAGGAGCCAGAGUUGGGUCUCAGGGUGAUUUGUGAAGUGCUGCUCAAAGUUCUCUGUGGAGGCUGAGUUCAGCAUUGGGCUUGGCACCUGGGCUCACUGAAGCCUUUGUAAAGAGCUUUUUCUUUGGUAAGAAGGUUCAGAACUGCAUGGAAAGGAAUUGGAGCCUGCUUCGCCUUGACUGUGGUAUCAAGGGAGAGCCCUCCUCCUGCCAUGUCCCAGGCCUGUGGAGGGAUGCCAAAGAGAACAUGGUGGACUACCAUGGCAAGAAGGUCUUUCCUGGUAUUUCAGGUGUUCUUCUAAGUCUUGGGGGGGAAAAAAGGGACAAGAUUGAGGUGAAGGAAAAAAAAGUGACUUUUUCAGCAUUAUUAUAGGAAAUGACAAAACACAGUGUAAACAAAAGAGUCCUAGCCUAAGUAGCCUUACUUAAUCAAUCCAUCCUGAUCCCUUUUUACCUCUUUAAAAGAAGGCUAAAGGAGGAAUAUUAAGAACGAGGAGCAUGAACCAUCAGUCCCUUUUAAGUUCUUGCAUUUUUUUUUUUUUUUUUUUUUUUUUUUUUUGGUUUUUUGAGACAGGGUUUCUCUGUGUAGCUUUGCGCCUUUUUCCUGGAUCUCGCUCUGUAGCCCAGGCUGGCCUCGAACUCACAAAGAUCCACCUGCCUCUGCCUCCCGAGUGCUGGGAUUAAAGGCGUGUACCACCACCGCCCGGCCAAGUUCUUGCAUUUUUUAUUUAAAAAAAAGAAUGGGGGGUCUUUUUUAUGUAUAUGAGUGUUUUGCCUGCAUGUGCCUCAUAUGUACAUGGUGUCUGGAGGCCAGAAGAGGGUGUCAAAUCCCCUGGAAUUAGAGUUACAGAUGGUCCGAAGCUACCAUGUAGAUGCUGGGAUUCAAACCUGGUUUCCUGCUGGAGCAACAAAUGCUCUUAACUGGUGAGCCAUCACCAGCCCCAGAAAAUGAAAUUUUAAAAAAUAACACUUAUGUAAUUUUUACUACAGCAGUGUCUCAUUCAGUUAACAGUAAUCUCUUUUAUGCAUUAGACUCUGUCACAGAAUGGGUAUGUAAGAAUAAGCUCAGAACAUAUAGAACAGUUUAUAUGUUUACAGGUACAACAGAACAUGUAGAUAGCUUCAGUUUCAGGCAUCCAUUAGGGAGUCUUGGAAUGACAUCCUAAUGCUAGGAACAAAGUGUUGAAUUUUUUUUAGCUUGGAUAAAAUGUGGUAGAACGAGAAGUCUUAGCUGAGAUCAGACCAUAACAGAUUCCCUGGCUCCUCAGAAGGAUGAGCUGCCUUUUCUGAUCUUUCCAGCCUCUUUCGUCAAGGCAAGGAUACUGACCACACUCUGGGAAAGUUGAAGAAGCUUUGGGUUAGGAGUGUCUAUUAUUUCUACUGUGAAUGCUGUUAGAGGGGGGAAAAAAUUGUGGAACUGUUAACAUUUGACUCAAGUUUUUUUUUCAGUACCAAGUGUUAUCUCAAAUAUUUGCAAUCACUUUACCUUUUUUUUAGAGGGUGAGGGGAAAUGUUGAAAUUAUACCGGAUCCUCUUUUUUUUUUUUUUUUUUUUUUUUUUGAGCUAGUAUCUGAUGUAGCCAAGGCUGGCUUUAAAUUGACUGUGUAGCUGAGGUUGGGCCACGCCAUGCAAUGCUUCAUGAGUGGUAGGCAAGCAGUCCACUGUCUACGUGACAUCCCUGGCCAUGGUAUCAGAUCUCUUUACACAAAAUUUAAAGUUUGUGGAGUUGAGGUUGAUGUGUAGAAUAAGGGCAGAUAAUUUAAAAGAAACGGAAAUCUUCAAAUCUUAACUGCACUUAGACCUGAAGGAGAACAUUUUACGUGACAGAUAAGCAGGAGGCGGCUUAAGAACAUGAGCUCCAGUAGUUCUCAGAAGAUUUGUAAUUUUUCUACAUGGAACACAUCAUUUCAAAAUAAGAGUUCUGUUGGGUACUCUCCAAAUUCAGUAGACAGAAGUGAAAGGGGAAUGGUGGUCCCCUGCAGUUAAGCUGAUGAUGGGUGAGGAAGAGAAAUGGGCUGUAUUAUAACCAUGCUGACUGCCUAGCAUUCUGGAAGGGUAUGGACAACAGACACCACCAGUCAAUGGGAUAUUUCUCCCAUAGAUCUAGAAGUUUGAAAAUCACUGAUGUACCAUGUAUAAACAGACCAAAAGAAUGUUAUUUUAAGUAACUUUGACCCUGAACAGAUAUUCCCAAAACAUUUUACAUAAGAAAAAUACUGAUGUUCUUGAUGCUAGGCUUAUAAAGGAACACAGAGUAUAAACAUCUGUUCUGCAGUUUAUUGCAUAGGUCUGGUUUCCCUUCAUUUGCUCGGGAUGCUGCGUGUCCUGCACAUAUCUCAGAUCUCUCAGCUACAAACCAAGAGGCUAAUAUCUGACUGCUAAGGCUGCCGAGGAGCCCAUGUGCAAACAGUGUGAACAGCUGUGUGUGUGAGUUAGAGAAAAGGAUCCUGGUGGUUGUGACUUCACUGACCUUAUUCCCACACUAUCCCCAGGUCUACACGUAUCAGCAUUGCUUGGCGUAUGGGUUUACAUAUCUUAAAAGUAGAAUUUUACUAUAAUUUUGCAAGUUUUGAAACAGUGGAAGAAAACUGCAGAUGUUAGUUAUAUAUCUAGAAAUGGCGUGGCCAACUGGCAUUUAUUUACUUAUAAAGAAGUUAUUAGUUAUUUUUCUGGGUAAAAAUCCUGUAACUGAAAAACUUACUAACUUAAAUUUAUUAUGGGGAAGUUUUAUUAUAAAUUGUAUUCUGCUUUCUACUAGAAAAAAAUUAUAGAUGGCUAAGAUUUGUCCUUUCCCAUAAAAUAACUCAUGAAGUAAGUUAAUGACAGCUGCCAGACUUACCUGUCACGUGCAGGUGUAAAUGAUGUUGUUAACAUGUGAACUGUGUUUCUGUUGAAGGUAGAUGUAAUUUCCCCUGAACCCCUUUGUAGACUGUGCCUUUGACCUACUCGUUGCUCCCUUAGUUGAUGUGCUCUUUGACUUUGCUAGUCUUGGGAAACAGAUGCAUUUCUGUUUCAGAUGUCAUGUCUCAGCAAAUGUUGUUAUUUUAAAUGAUCAUAAAGACCAUUGGUGGGGCUGGGAGAUGGAUCCGUGAGUAAAAGGCUUGCAUUUAAUCAUGAGGACCAGAGUUUGGAUCCUUGCAUCCAUGUAACUGCUAAGUGAAUGUGGCAGCCUGCUUGUAAUCCAUCACACAGGAGGCAGAGGGAAGGAAGCCCCCGAACAAGCUGGAUAGCUAACCAAACCUGCCUCUCAAUUCAAUAUUUUGAGUAUAAACAUCUGGAGGAAGGUACCCAAUGUCAACCUGUCUCCAUAUGUGGAUACACACAUACACAAUGUGUCCAAACACACAUGAACAUGUAUAAACAUGAAACUUUAUCAUACAUACACACGGGGUGGGGGGAGACGACACACACAACAUAGGGUUUGUUUGUUUCCACUGGGCUUUAAAAUUCUGUCCAGUGAUAAAGUUGUAUGAAUAUACAAAACAUGAAGGAGGAGAGAAAACUACCAAUCUCUUAAAAUGUCUGAUUUUAAAAACUCAAACCACGGGAUUAAAAUGGGAUAAAGAAAAAGCUUGUGGUAGAUCACUCUUUUUAUAGAUAUCUCUUGAGACCCUCGUGUGUGAAUAUAUUAAUAGUCCCUGUUGACCACCCUGACAUACUUAACUACAACAAAACAUUUAUAAAUUAGAUUUUAAAACUUUUUAUUAAAUCUCAAGCUACAAAAAUUACCUCUAUGUUACGCUUUUUUAUUUUGACUAUGUAAGUGGUCAAAAUAAAUGUUACAAAAUUUGAUUAAAACUUACAUUUCAUGCACUUACUAAAAAUGACUUUCAAGCCGGGUGGUGGUGGCGCACGCCUUUAAUCCCAGCACUCGGGAGGCAGAGCCAGGCAGAUCUCUGUGAGUUCGAGGCCAGCCUGGUCUACAAAGCAAGUUCCAGGAAAGGCACAAAGCUACACAGAGAAACACUGUCUCUGAAAAAAAAAAUGACUUUCAAAUAACAAGAUAGGAUACUUCCUCUUAUCUUUAGAUAAGCCUUACUCCACAUGUGUGCGAGCGAAGUAUUCCUUGUCUUUGGUUUGUAAACACUGAGAAAUUUUAAUAGUCUUAAUGACAGCAAAUGAGAAGCAAUAGAAAUACUUAAGAGUACUGGUUCUCAACCUUCCUAAUGCUGUGACCUUUUAAUACAGUUCCUUAUGUUGUGGUGACCCCAACCAUAAAAUUAUUUUGUUGUUACUUCAUAACUGUAAUUUUGCUACUGUUAUGAAUCAUACAAAUAUCUGUGUUUUCUGAUGAUCUUAGGCAACUCCUGUGAGAGAGUUGCACUGCUUAAGAGGUUAGAAAUGGAAGGGUUUUUUGUUUGUUUGCUUCCUGGCUUUCUGAGACAGAGUUUCUCUGUGUAGACCAGGCUGGCCUCGAACUCAGAGAUCCACCUGCCGCUGCUUCCCAAAUAUUGGGAUUAAAGGUGUGCACCACCACCACCACCACCACCACCACCACCACCACCGCAGGCAGGAGAUGUAUUUUUACAACAGUGCCACUCAGUUACCUGAAUUAAUUGUUAAUUAUGUGACCCAAAAUCAAAUAAUGGCAUGUCACAGAAAAUGAUUUUUAAUGAUGAUUCACAUGUCAGUGGAAUUCCUCAAAAAAUUGGGACUUAGAGGUAUUCCCACUGCCACAGAUGUCAGCAUUUCGUCUGCUUCCCCAUUGCCGUGAGUGUCAUGCACGGGCCAUGGGAAGAGAGUUACAGUUCUGUCCAUAGAGUUGAGUUCACGGUGGGAACACAGUGUGCAGAGCCAUUUCUUAAGAGACAUUCUCACACUUCCGUCUUGAAGUGUGUGUCAACUCCAAUACCACCAGCGUUUAUGGUGGGGCUUCCUUCAGUUAAGUCUCCCCCUCCCAAACACACCCAAGUGUGUCUCCUGAGUGCUUCUAAAUCUGGCCAAGUUGACAGUGGGGUUAAGCACACAAAGGUGUGUUUUCUUCUAUAUAUAUUGCUUUUUCUUUAGGAAAACUGUGUCCAUGCCUUUGAAAACAUGCACUACUGCUUAUACUUUGACUUUCUUUUACUGACAUUUAAUUCUGGGAUCCAUUUGGAAAAGAGUGACAAGAGGGGCAGUUUAAAAAAGGAAGCUAGCUUCCUUCUACCCUUCAAAAAUUAUGUAUUUGAGCCAGGUGUGGUGGUGGUGGCAGCGGCGUAGUCCUUUAAUCCCAGCACUCAGAGGCAGGCAAAUCUCCAUGAGUUCUAGGCCAUCAAACAAACAAAAAACUAAAACAAAGUAGUUGACAUGAUAAUACCAGUUGCUAAAUACUUUGUAUUCUCUCAUUCGUUUGAUAGUGCCCUCAUUAUACAGUAGUGGUUACACUGGUUCUCUCAAGUUCUCAGCUCUCUAGCCUAGUUCAUUUAUGUGUUCAGCCUCCAGAACACAGUAACUGUGGUAAUGUGUGGCUUGCUUCACUACUAAUUCAUUCUCAUUCCUGUCCUUCACCGUAAGAACAGUGACUUUUAUUUUCUCCUUGUACAUCCAUAAAGUGUGACUAGACUUCUAAAGGUAA